AUGGCUUCCUCAAAUGAGUCUUCAGAUACUCAGACCGAAACACCAGGACCGCCUCAGAAACGUAAAAUUCCGCCAUGGCUAAACCACUUCAACACACAUGACCUGAAGGUCUUCUUCCGGUGCUGGAUCGCAAUCUGGGCCAUGAUGCUCCUCGUCUUCAUUCAUCCAGCGCUCACAAACCUCGGCCAGGCCACUUUCCUCGGAGCAAUUCUGCUCUUUGCCGUACCACCCGCCAGUAUCGUCUUCAUCUACCUCCUCGGUGCAUUGUCGCUUCUGCUCGGCAUGUGCUUGGCCUGGUGCUGGGGCCUUUUGACAAUGAAGGCAGCAUUCGCGACGAGGCCGGCGGCUGAAACGCAGGCUUUACUACAGCAGUUGAAAAGACAAGCAGUGCAGAGUGCACAGCGAACAGGACAGCCGGCAGCUUGGGAGGCGCAGAUUUUGAUCCAUGAUGGAUUUUUGCUCGAUGCGAGAAUCACGGCGGUAUUCUUCAGUAUGGGGUGCCUCUUUAUCUACGCAUUGGCGAGGUUGCGUUGUGCGAAUCCGAAAACAGUCGUCCUCCAAAUCUUUGGUACCAUCGUUACGGACAUAUUCCUCCUCUUUGGCCCUUCAAUCCCAACCUUCAAAGGCGAUAUCGCAUCAGUUUUGGUGAAACCUGGCGCUGUCGGAAUUGGAAUUGGAUUGGUGUGUUGCCUCUUCUUAUUCCCUCACUCAACGUCCCAUGUGGUUCUUAGCGGUCUCGAAAGGCUGAUUCGUAUGUCGAACCAAGGAAUUGUGGCAACAAGAAAAGGUCUUCAAGGUGUCAGUAGCCCAGUGGCUGAACUUCAAGGAAGCAGAACUGGGUUGAUUUCAGCCUUCAAAGCAGGACAACCAGCCAUCGCAUUUCUCCCUCUUGACUUUUCACGCGGUUUGUGGGGCGCAGACGAUAUUAAGGGUCUACACGAACGUGUCAGAAGAGUCAUGUAUACCAGCCUUUAUCUUAUCGACUUCCAGAUAGGUCGAGUGCGUGGACGGGAGAAAGAAGAUGAGCACAGAAAGGCUGAAGCUGAAGGUCGUCUUGAACCCGUGGGCGAGCAGGAGAAGUACCAUAUCGGUCGUCGGCAGAGACAAGAGACCGUGACGCUUAUGAGUGCUUUCGAAAGACCCGAGGCAUCGGAGUUGCGAUCCAAGACGAGGGAUACACUGUUGGAGACGACAGCUGAAGUCGCUGAGAUUGGGCGCCAGGCAGUCAAUCUUGCGGCUGAUUACGUUCAGGCUGUCAACUCUUGUCGCUGGUUUAGAAAGACCUCACCUGAACGCUUCGCUGAGUUGAAAAACAGCCUUCGCGAUCUGAUAGAACGAUCGCGAAUAGCUAGAGAGGCAUGCGCUGUCAACACGACAAAGGGUGUUCUCGAAGCCCACGCAGAGGUGUUCGACGCCAAUGGCAAGCUGAAACCUAUACAAGGAAUUGAUAGGCCAUUCCUACCGAGUAUGGUCAUUGCAAUGGUUGUCGAGGAACGCAUUCUCAGUUGGGCAACUUCUGUUGAGAAACUUCUUGAGUACAUUCUUAGCCUUUCAGAGAAACGCACCCGUGGUCGCAUAUGGGUUCCCUCCCGCCUGCAAUAUGCCAUUUCCUGGCUAUUCCACGGUCAGCUCACCUAUCCUGGUCACGAUAUCGCAGCGGAGGAAGAUCCAGACAAAUUAAUGGAGGCCGAUACAUUUGACGAGGAAACCAAAGAAACAAAAAGACGACUCGAGGUUGGUAGAGGUUACAAAGGAUAUUCAGCAAGACGGAACAAAUUUAGCCGGGUGCUCAUGGCAACCUACAACUGGCUCACCAAUCCAGCUGGUAUGUAUGCCCUAAGAAUGGUAGUCGUUACAGUGGCGACAGGAAUACCAGCUGUCAUCCCAAGUAGUGCAGGCUUUUUCUACCGAGAAAAGGGUAUCUGGGCUGUUAUCAGUGCCCAAACGGUGCUUCUCGUAUACUUGGCCGAUUUCACCUUUUCCCUUAUUUCUCGGACAAUUGGAACCAUCGUUGGAGGUCUCAUCGGUAUGGUCACUUGGUAUGUCGGCGCAGGCAGUGGUAUCGGCAAUCCAUACGGCAUGGCAGCAGCCACGGGUGUUGCAAUUGUUCCUCUUCUUUGGUGGCGCCUCUAUCUCCCUCCGUCAUUCCAGUUCGCUACUAUCAUGGCCGGUGCAACCUUCGCCCUGGUCAUUGGGUUCAGCUGGGAUCAUGAUCACAUAGUGCAGUAUGGUCUACCAGGGAAAGGCUACGAAGCAUUCUGGAAGCGCGUUGUCACCGUUCUACUUGGCUUCGUAGCAGCGUUCAUUGUGCAGCUAUUCCCGAGUCCGCCGUCCGGGACGACACACGUAUGCAACACACUUGCGAACUCUGUGCGCAGCUUAUCAGAUCACUAUGCCCUGCUGAUAUCACAUUGGGGGCGUACUGAUAAGAACAGAGCUUUAGCUUCCGUCGCCGAAAAUGUCUCUAUCGAAGUCGCGGAGGUUCUACUUGCUUUAAGCCCAUCUAUUGCCCUGCUGAAAGGCGAGCUGAGCUUCGGACCAUUUGAUCAACAAGUUCUCCAUCGCACCAAAGAACAGUGCCAGUUCAUGAACCAGGCGUUGGGUGGUCUUCUGAACCUCGCAUCGACACUACCAAAGGAGCUUCAAGACCGUCUUACCCAUGUCGCAGGUAUUCUAGAUGACCGGUCCAUUGGUGACAUCAUGGCCGUUCUCGCCGUUAUCGAACAGGCAUUGCGGACAGGUUCUCCUCUCCCCGAGCGCUUACCAGCACCACUGAUACGACGAGCAAUGGAUCUGGUAGAAUCUCAGAGUAACGAUAUCAUCUUGACUGCGAAGCUAGUACAGGAUGAGGACCAUCGACGCUACUGUGUGGCUGUGACUUUAUAUCUCAAGUUCUUGGGCAGCAUUGAUGAUUUGCUAAUUGUGUUGAAGGAGGCUUUGGGUGAGAGGCAUAUCAUAUACCAGUGGAGCGAUGUCAAGGACAUUGCAUAG